AUGGGGUUGCUUCUGCAGAUUUUGACCCUUCUUUCGAUUUCCUCGCUUUUUGGAAAUGCGAUCAAAGUGGAAUCUCUGAAGAAUGUCACUCUUCCCACUUAUACGUCAAACCUCCAAUACGAAGGCAUUCAGUUCCAGAAACGUGCAAAAAAUGCCUCUAUUCGCAUCACUUUGAACUUUACAAUUAUCGAUUUACCGUGCAAAGAUGUUAAACUCUCAUUCAGAUUUAACAAUAAAACCAUUGCCGUCGGCAAUCCUGGAGAUAGGGUCGAGGUUUUUGCUGAGAAGCAUUUUGAUAGUGCUGGGAUGUUGACAAACCUUUUUAUUCAUCUUGAAGGUGGUGCCGCAAAUAGUGGUAUUUAUGUUUUGACGGUGGAGGCUUGCGCAGACUCAGAGUCAGCAGAAGUCCUGGUUCUAUCUGCUCCGAUUUUGCCAGUUUACUCAAAACCGAAGCGAGUGCUACAAGGUGAUCCUCUUCGCAUUUCUUGUCGGGUAUCCAGCUAUCCCAUUCCCGAUAGUGUUCAAUGGCUAUUCGCUUCCAUUCCCAUCGAUCUUUCUGAUGAUAAAGCGGCGAUUUCCGACGCAUCGGCUAACCUAAAGCCCAUUAGUCCCUCAAAUGAAGCGUGGGAGGAUGUCACUUUUGCCACAGAGGAUGGCACCUUGAAUGAUACCCUUCGAUUCAGCGCCAUUACCGUUGCCCAAAACGGUCUUUUUGCCUGUAAUGUUUCCAACGUACUCGGCACCGAUUCGACUUUUCUUCUGGUCGGAGUCAAAGACCGAUGGGCGGCUCUAUGGCCCUUCAUUGGAAUAGUGGUUGAGGUGACAGUUUUGGUCGCAGCCAUCCUUCUCUACGAACGCCACCAGAUACGCAAGAAGCCUGCUGCUCCUGAAGCCACUGGUAAUCCCGAUACCGCCUCACCCAAUAGCAACGCUGUCGACAACCAGACGAAGUUCGUCUUCGCAACGCCAGAACAUAGAGUACCAACACUCAUUCUUGCUCAUUACAAUCGGUUUAGUCUGCUCUUGGUGAUCGACCGGUUCGAUUUCUCCCUUCCUGCCAUUCCCGUUCGCGUUCCCUCAUCGCAUUUUGGUGCAUUAUAA